AUGCUCAGAGUUGAUAGUCAUGCUGUAAUGUCAGUUGAUCUUGGUACAGAAUUUAUGAAAAUUGGUGUUGUUAAACCAGGUAUUCCUAUGGAAAUUGCUUUGAAUAAAGAAAGUCGAAGAAAAACGCCAGUUAUUGUUGCUAUUAAAGGUAAAGAUCGUGAAUUUGGUGACGCAGCUAUAUCUCGAUCAAGUAAAAUUCCAGCACAAUCUUACAUGUAUUUACGUGAAUUAGUUGGAAAAACAUUAGAUAAUCCAAUUAUCGAACAGUAUUUAAAAAGAUUUCCAUAUUAUAAAUUAAAAACAGAUGCACAAACACAUCAACUUGUUUUUCAACAUGACAGUGAAACAAAUUAUACUAUUGAAGAACUUCUUUCAAUGAUAUUAAGAAAAGCUCGUGAAUAUGCAACAGAUUUUGCUGAACAAUCUGUUGAUGCUGCUGUUAUAACUGUUCCACCUUAUUUUACUCAAUCAGAACGACGUGCUGUUAAACGUGCCUGUGAUUUAGCUGAUAUAAAAUUACUUCAAUUGAUGAAUGAUAAUACAGCUGUUGCACUUAACUAUGGUAUAUUUCGUCGAAAAUAUUUUAAUUCAACUGGUUCAACUUAUUUAUUUUAUGAUAUGGGUUCACAAUCAACAACAUGUACAAUAGCAACAUAUAAUAUAAUUAAAACAAAAGAACAUGGUUAUGUUGAAGAAGUACCACAAGUAACAGUAAAAGCUGUUGCAUUUGAUCGUAAUUUAGGUGGGCUAGAAUUUCAAAUACGUUUACGAGAUUAUUUAGCAAAAAAAUUUCAUGAAAAACAUUCAAAAAUUGAUUUAUAUAAAAAUUCAAGAGCAUUAACAAAAUUAUUUCGUGAAGCCGAAAGAGCUAAACAUGUUUUAAGUGCUAAUAAUGAAUAUACAGCACAAGUUGAAGGUUUAAUUGAUGAAAUUGAUUUUAAACAGCGAAUAACACGUGAAGAAUUUGAAAACUUAUGUGUUGAUCUUUUUGAACGUGUAAAAAAACCUAUCGAAGAAGUACUUAGUACAAGUGGAAUUAAAUUCAGUGAAAUUCAACAAGUACUUUUAUUUGGUGGUUCAACACGUAUUCCUCGUGUUCAAAAUGAAUUAACCAAAGCUCUUGGCGGAAUUGAACUUGGUAAAAGUUUAAAUACAGAUGAAGCUGCUGCAAUGGGUGCCGUUUAUCAAGCUGCAGCUAUUUCAAAAGGUUAUCGUGUUAAAAAGUUUCUUGUUAAAGAUACUAAUCAAUAUCCAAUAAAUGUUGAAUUUGAACGACAUAAUGAUACUAUGGAUCAAAAGUUAAUUGAUCGAAUAUUAUUUGAUCAUAAUAAUCAUUAUCCAAAUCGUAAAUUAAUGACAUUUAAUAAAUAUACAGACGAUUUUUCAUUUAAUAUUCAUUAUGGAGAUUUAACAUAUCUUUCAUCAAAUGAUAAACAUGCACUUGGAAUUACAGAAUUAUCUCGAAUACAUGUUACCGGUGUCAAUAAAACGUAUGAUAAACAUAAAGAUACAAUGGAAUCUAAAGGUGUAAGAGCACAUUUUCAAUUAGAUGAUAGUUGUCUUCUUGUUCUUGAUCGAAUUGAAUUUAUUUUUGGAAAAAAAGGUGUUGAUAUAGAUAACAAUGAUACAAAACCUAAAGAAGAAUCAACAUUAUCAAAAAUAGGCAGUAAAAUUUCAAGUUUUUUUUCAUCAAAAAGCUCAAAUGACGAAGUCAAGGAAACAACAGAAAAUACACCCACUGAUAGUUCAGAAACAAAAAAAACUGUUGAUAAUAAAGAAGGAACUAAUACAACCAAUGAUACAGCAUCAUCGACGACAACUAAUGCAUCAUCGAACACAACACCAAAACCAAAUAUUAUUCGCGAAUCAUUAGAGUUUAAAGUUGAAAUACUCGAUUAUACUGAUCCAUCUUCUGAAGCUCAAACAAAUUCAAAGAAAAAAUUAUCCGAGUUGGAUGCACAUGAUCGUGAAUUAAUCGCAUUAUCAACUGCUAAAAAUAAUCUUGAAACAUUUAUCUAUGAUAUUCGUGAUAAACUUGAACAUGAUUCAAAAUAUAAAAAAGCGUCAACAUCACAUGAACAAACAAAAAUUAUUGAAAAAUUAACUGAAAUUGAUACAUGGUUAGGUGAUGAAGGUUUCAAUGCUGAUGUUAAAACAUUAAAAUCGAAAUUAGAUGAAUUAAAAACAAUAACAAAAUCAUUAAAAACUCGUGUACGUGAAGUUGAUUUACGUCCUGUAAAACUUCAAGAAUUAAAAGAUACUCUUAAUCAAACCGAGCAGUUUCUUUAUGCAACACGUACUUUAUUUUUAAGAAAAGAUCUUGAAGAUGACAAACCAAUUAGUGAAAUCGAAAUUAAACAUUUAGAAAAAAUGAUUAAAGAUACAAACUUAUGGCGUGACCAAAUAUUACAAGAUUUUUCUAAAUUAACUCCGACUGAUACACCAAAAUAUUUAUCAACUGAUAUCGAUGAAAAAGUGAAUGCAUUAAAACGUGAAACAAAUUAUCUACUUACUAAAGCACAACGUUUUGUUCCAAAACCAAAAACAACAACAACAACUCCUAAAAUUCCACUUAAUAAUGAAACAAAAACAGACAAUAAUAGUUCAGAUUCCGACACAACACCGACUGCAGGUAUGAAUUUAAAUUUAUUUUUACAAAUGAUUUCUUUACAAUAUUUAGAUAAUUAUAAAGAUUUAUAA